AAAAGUCAGUAACGGUGUUUAUUUUUAAUUUUAGUUCUCCACCUUCGACAUUCGCUGAAUUGCUUUUGGCAGCAUUUAGACAAUUUGUUUAACUGUCGCAUUUCUGUUACGCUCAUUCAGGAAUUUUUCAUACACGAACCUACAUGAAAUUAAUACAUCCCGAUUGUAACAUUUUCAAGUAAAAUAUGAUAUUAAGAAGCUACCUGACUCAUGACUCAUAACACUGCGAUAUGUAUAGCAUAAUAGCAUUUUAUCUUAAUUGUAUCAGAUUAUAUGUAUAUAUUAUCUGAUAGUAUCUAGUAUUACAUUAAAAGAGACAUUGUGUAAAGUUUAUACUUCAUUCAUAAUUACAUUUUGCUGAAAUAUGACAAACGCAAAAAUUUUGAAACUGUAUAUAAAAGUUUGUCUUUCUAUAAAUGUUAAUAAAUAUAUGCAUGUACUGUAUGUGAUUGGUUUGAACACUUUGUCUUGGCUUUCGAUUCUAGAUGUAUGUAGAAAAACUGGUUUUCGUACUUUUAUGUAUAUAUAUGCAAUGUUGUGUUAUUUAUAAACAAAAUAUACCGAUGGCAAACAUAACCUCAAAGUUGCGGUUUCUAAUAGUUCGACAGAAUGUUGUUGAAAGUUAAAUUCUGAUCAAUAUUACAAAAAUGGCAGGUAGUAUGAGACAAUUAGAAGAAAGACAACUUCUAGUUGAAGUAACACGGAUGCAAUGGUCUCCAAAAAUGGAUCUCUUAGCAAUCGCAAAUGUGAAAGGAGAAGUUACGUUACAUAGAUUAACAUGGCAAAGAGUAUGGUUGUUGAGUCCUCAAGAGGAAUCUGAUACUAUAACGAAUUUAGCAUGGAGACCAGAUGGAAAACUUCUAGCGAUUUGUUAUGAAGUCUCUAAAUUAGUGUGUCUUGUAGAUAUUGAGAAUAAAAAUAUUAUACAUAGAACAAAGUUAAUGUUGCACAAUGCAAUUACGUGUAUGACAUGGUUACCAUUAGCAAAUUUAGAAAGUGAUACUUUGUUAAACGGUAGCAAAGCAAAUAUGCUACCGACUGGAGAAUAUCUGCCACCUUUACCUAGUUUAAAUAGAGGUUUUGGUCAAGAAUCAGAACGCAAGGAAGUUUUAUCUCAAACUUUAGAUAUACUUUUUCUUGGCUUAGAUGAUGGAAAUGUCGCAAUGUAUAUAUUUGGAAUGUUCUAUUGUGGUACAAUUUCUGUUGGUCAUGGUCAAAUAUUAGAAAUUAGUGGUGGAUUUGGCAAAUCAAUGUGGAUUACAUGGAAGGAUAAUAUUGGCAUCAAAGCAAGUAGAUUAUGGUGUCCACUGUUGGAACAAGACACAGCUUUUUUAAAGGUAGCACAAGCUCAAGCUAAUAUCGAAUACUUGAUGGAUUAUCUUUCACGUACGUUAAUGGCAAUAUCUGAAGCAUGGGAGACAAUUCUUUUGGAAAUGGAUGAAAAACUUGCACGAUAUGCAGAAACAAAUCCACCUGGUGGAGUUGCUGCGGACUUUUUAGAACUGUUAAUGAUUGGUAUACCUACCCAAAACUUAGAGAAUUUCUUGCUGCGUGAUUUGACUGAAAAGGGUUUAAAAAAAUUAGGACAUAGCAUUGAAAUGUGUUAUAGUAAUAUACAGAAAUUAGUCUUAAAAAAUUUAACUAGCGUUGGGAUGGCCCUCGUAUACCAAUUAGCUGAAAUGAGAGGAAUGGUCAGAUUAGGUGGCUCGUAUGAAUUACUAGGACUUACUGAUGAAACUAUUAUAACUAAUGCUCUUCAUGCAUCAGAAGCUUUUUUAGCAAAAUCUUCUGAAAUUCAACAAGUGAUAGAUCAUAGCAUGCGUGACUAUAAAGCGUUUUUCCGGUGGUUAUACGUUGCAAUUUUAAGGCUGUCAGAUGAAAGAAUACCAUCUGAAGUAAGUCGUGUCAGUCAACAAGAGUUAACAUUUAUCGCCGAAUUUUUGCGCGGUUUUGAUAUGACUGAAUCUGGUGUUGGAGGAAGAAAAGGGGUGAAUUUAGAAAAGUUAGGUCAAUACUUGCGACGGGAGAAUUUACAAACUUGUCUAACUCAUGAAGGAAGCGAAUGGGCUACUAUGCUCGAUGAAAAUCAUUGUCUUCGUGAUCAUCCUCUUAUUGUGAAACAAGACCUUAAUUAUUCCUUAUUACAGUCUCAUGCGAAAUUAAUUACUGCUAUACAUAAUGUUUUUCGUGAGUCUUACCAAGGAUUAAUUGAACAUUUUACCAUAUCAAAUAUUGCUUUGUCGCCGUCUAUAGGAUUUACAUCAUCGCAAGUUGUAACAAACAAUGAUAGUUUGCUAGUAGCUACAUGUGAUGCUGACCAUCAAAUAUUACGACUGUUUAAAGUCGAGUGUUCAUGCAUAGAACCUAUUUCUCUUAGGUUUAAAUUAAGUACUAUAGAUACAGAUUAUAAAUCAGAAUCUCAUUCCAAAACAUACAUAGACUGUACUGUAGUUGAUUUACAAUUUUACUCUAACGAACAUCUCAGUUUACUGCUACUUAACAAACAUACACAUGCAUCGUAUCUUGUACAAUUGCCAUUGAAUAACGUCCGAAUUUUUGAAAAUCAAGAUAAGAAUGCAAUUAGUUUAACAGAUCUUUUAGGUAACAGUUGGCCACGACCUUUUCAAGGUAUAACUGCUAAAAAAAUAGCAGUCAGUGGUGCGCGAAAAGUGGCCGCUGUUUUAAGUGAAAACAAUAGGAAAAUAAGAUUAUUAGAAACUGAAGUGGAACCUGAAGAAGAGGAAGAAGAAGAAGAUGAAGAAGAUGUAACGAAUGAUAGUAUGUUGAACACUACUCAUGGAACAGCUGCAAAUUCUCAAACAUAUAAUUAAACUACUUAAUCAUUAUUUAUAUACAGAAAUAUAUAUACAAUAUGUUGCAAGAGAAUUCUCAUCUACAAAACAUUUAUUAAAACUAUUUUUUUACUUAUGAAAUGAUUAUGUAUUUUGUGUCUUCAUGGCACAAUUCCUAAAUCAAUGUAUAUGUAUAUAAAUUUGAAUAUGGCUAUGUA